UUGCAAUAGUAAUUUUCAGUAAGCGGUAUUUUUUUUUGCUGUUGAGAGCAAUUGAUAAGUAUCGUUCGCCGCGCCAUUCGAGGGAAAACCACAGUCCGCAACACAAUUGAAACUUGUUUUCACUCUUUAAACAAUAAAAUUUAAUUUCCAUAACAGCGCACUUGUGAAAAAAAGUUAACUAUAAUUAUUUAUCUUAUCUAAAAUCAGUUUUACAUUAUAUGUAUUUGAGUAGUUGAGGAGUCUGUGCAAAGUUUAAUGUGCUAUUGUGAUUUGAUGUAAGUCUUGUGAAGAAAAGAAAAAAAAAAUGGGGGGCUCUAAGAGUAAGUUUUCUGCCCUAACUGAGGAUAUUUUGGAAGAAUAUACUGUGCUAACAUAUUUGAGCAAAGUGGAGAUAUUGCACAUAUUUAAAAUCUUUGGUCAACUAGACUGCGAAGGAAUCCCACAAGAUGUGAACAUCAGAUAUCCAAGCGAAAGAAUCGAAGAUAUUUUUACACAAUUGAAGUUUAAUCCAUUCAGAGAUCGCAUCUUCAAAGUGUUUUCUUCUCAAGACGACGGUAUGAUGUCGUUUGAAGAUAUUUUGGAUCUUUGCUCAGCAAUGUCCGAAAGGUGUCCAGAUAAUGUAAAAGCUGCAUGGGCGUUUAGAAUAUUAGAUUUUGAUGGAGAUGGGUAUGUUGGAGAGGAAGAUUUGGCAGAAAUUAUCAGGCGACUCACUUCAACAGCUGGUUAUAUUACAGAGGAAGAGCAAAAACACAUUAUCAAAACGUUAAUGGACGAAAUGAACAUUGAAUCGUCAGGAAAAGUGUCAGUGCAAGAAUUUAUCCAUGCUGUGGGCAAAAUGUCAGAAUUUCCUCAUUCGUUUUGUUUCCGCUCUUAAAGUUGUGAUACAUUUUUAUUGAUUUAUGUAUUGAGAUUAUUUGUACAAGCUGGUUGAAAUGAAAGAGAAAAUCUACAAUAAAAAGUGCAUCUAAAGAUGAAUCUCAGAUACACCUAAUCGAUUUCGAAGAUAAAAGACAUUUUUAGCUGAUUGUUGGUUUAAUGAAAAUUUACAUGAAAGUGUUGCUUAGGUAAAUCAAUUUAAAUUUAAAAAAAUAUACCUAUAAAACUUUCGAAUUGUCCUUCGCAAACAAAACAAUUUUGUUUAAUUAAAAAAUUAAUAAUAGAUUUUAUGUUUUUUUGCGUAUUAUGUAAGUAUGUAUUGUUAAUUUUAUAGAAUUUAAUAAGUACCUAAGGCGGUUACACACGGACGUGGAUGUCUGAGAACAUGUACGCACAUACAUGAACGCGCAAACAAAAACAUCAAUGUGUAUGCAAAAUACCGUCGCGUUUUUGAAUGUGCAAACUGUAGAAUGACACUCAAAUGAAUUCUGGAAUCGCUAGAAAUUUUGUAUGCGCACUCAGAAUACUGUAGCAAGAGUAGCAAGAAUGACAGUUUUGUGCGAGCGUCUGUACAAAAGUGACAUGCACGUUGUUGUUUGCACGUUGUUGUUUGCACGUUGAUGUAUGCACGUAUAUGUAUCAAGCCAUCCACGUCCGUGUGUAACCGCCUCUAUGUAUACCAUAUUAUUACAUCAUUUUAUAAAUAUGUAUUUAAUUUUUGAUAAAAUAAAAGAAAUUCAAUUUGAGUUAUGUGAAGUUGUG